GCCAGAGCUCCGCGGCGGCGCCGGCCGCCCCCUCCGCCGGCCAUGCGGCGGCUCCCGCUGCUGCUGCCGCUGCUGCUGCUGCUCGGGAUGGGGCUGGGAGCGCCGGGCGAGCCGGGGGAGCCGGAGCCGCUCGCCCCGUCGGGCGCGCAGUGCCUGCAGCACGCGUGUUUCGCCGUGUUCUGGGGGUCGCGCCCGUUCGCGGCGGCGAGCGCGGGGUGCGAGCGGGGCGGGGGGCACCUCAUGACCGUGCGCUCCACCGUGGCCGAGGAGGCGAUCGCGCUGCUGCUGCAGAACCGCGGCGGGCGGCUGUGGCUGGGGCUCAGCCUGGCGCCCUCCCUGCGCUGCACCGAGCCCGCCCGGCGGCUCCGCGGCUUCCGCUGGGUCACCGAGGACAACCGCACGGACUACACCAACUGGGCGCCGUCGGGGCCGCGCUGCGGCGAGCGCUGCGUGACCGUGUCGCGGGAGCUGCGCUGGGAGGAGCGGCGCUGCGAGGACCCCGCCGACGGCUUCCUCUGCGAGUACAACUACGGCAGCAGCUGCCCGCUCCUGCCGCCCGCCGAGGGGCUCCCCGUCAGCUACACCACCCCCUUCGGCGCCCGCGGAGGGGAGUUCCUGGCGCUGCCGCCGCGCAGCGUGGCCUCGGUGCCCGCCCUGGGGCUGGAGCUGCGCUGCGACGAGGACGGCGAGGGCGGGCGGCUGCGCUGGGGCCGCGCCGAGCCCGGAGCGUGGCCGUGCCGCCUGGGAGGGGGCGGCUGCGAGGGCGCCUGCAGCGAGGGCGCGGGCGGGCCGCGCUGCUCCUGCCCCGACGGCGCCGUGCUGGGCCCCGACGGGCGCGGGUGCCGCUCGCCCUGCGCGGGGGCGCCGUGCCAGCAGCACUGCGUGGUGUCCGGCAGCUCCUUCGUGUGCAUGUGCGACGCCGGGUACCACCUGGGCGCCGACGGCAGCUCCUGCGAGGACAACGACGACUGCGCCAGCGAGCCCGGGCUGUGCGAGCAGCUCUGCGUCAACACCAUGGGCGGCUUCGAGUGCCGCUGCUACUCCGGCUACAGGAUGGUGGACGGGCACUGCCAGCGCGAGUCCCACUGCUACAGGGCGCCCUGCGAGCAGAGCUGCGAGGACGUGCCCGGCGGGUACCGCUGCGGGUGCUACGAGGGCUACGCCGUGGACCCGCAGGACCCCGCGCGGUGCCGGCUGCACUGCAGCGACAGCCAGUGCCCGCCCCAGUGCAACCAGUACGGCGAGGGCUGCGAGUGCCCCGAGGGCUUCCUGCUGGACGACGACAAGCUCUGCGUGGACAUCGACGAGUGCGACAUGAACUACUGCGAGCACAACUGCACCAACCACCCCGGCGGCUACCGGUGCCACUGCCCCGCCGGCUACCGGCUCGUCAACGACCUCGACUGCGCCCCGCUCCCGGAGCAGGACGCGGAGGCACCGCCGUUCUCGGGGGAUUUCGAAUCCCAGACGCUCCCCCCCCCCACGGCCGUCCCGCGGACGCCCGCGCCCAGCCGGACCCCACCGAAGGCGGAGCCCCUCCACCCCGGUGCCGUGGUGGGCAUCGCGGUGGGCGCCGCUUUGACCGCCCUGGCCCUGCUGGCUCUGGGCUACCACCUGGCAAAGAAGCGCUGCCGGCCCCCUGCCACCAUGGAUUACAAGUGCGGGGGACCCCACGAGAAGGAGCUCGGGCUCCAGCCGGUCGCCUCGGGCUGUGCCGGCCCCGCACAGAAACUGUAGGGACUGCGGGCAGGACGCAGAGAGGGAGGUGGACUGAACUGGGUAAUAUUUACAACCCCCCCCCCCCCCCCCCACCACCUCGCCCCUGCUGCAAUUUUUUAAUGACAAUUUGGGAAAAGCUGUGAUCAACCCACUUCUAAAAAUACUCGCUGCUUUCCAGCCGGCUCUUGGAACGCUGGCGCCAGAGAGCCAGGAAGGCAGAACGCGCGGAGGCUGCUCCGUUCUUGCUCUGUUCGUUCCUGCUCCGUUCAUUCCUGCUCCGUUCCCGCUCCCUUCGCAGGCGGCAGCCGGCAUUCAGCUUUCCUUUUCCCGAGCCAGUGGUGGGGAAAAACCCCAAGGAAAAACGCAGGAGGGGCAUCUCCGUCUGGAACUGACUCUAAAUCCGCCUGGACCCUCUGACUGACUCGGUGGGGACUGUGGAAGGUCGCCCGGCCCCCAACCCCUCUCCCUCGGGCCGGGCUGCAGGGGAUGGUUUUCCGGGAUUGGGAGGCUCCUGCCUUUGUCUGGAGUCGGGUUAAUUUGUUUUAAACGGAUGGCCGAUGGAAGCAGGAGCAAAGAUGUUGUGGGCAGCACUUUAUGUGGCCCCUCUGCCCCCCGUGUCUGCACCGUGUCCCCCCCAUGUCGUGCCUCAUCCCCGAGCACUUUCCACCUUAAAUCACUGGUGGCAGUGGCGACCCAGCUGAGUGUCACUCAGAGGGGAGGGGGGGGCUAAAAUGCCUGAUUCCUGUUCCCUCAAGUUAUUUUGGGGCUCUCUGGGGGGCUGUGGAGGUUAAACAGGGACACCACACUGCCAGGGUGGGUUUUUUUCCGUGGCAGGGAAGGUUUGCGGCGCCGCGGAGCCUCUUGUUCCCCAUCCAAUUCCUUCCCCGAUUUCCCACCCUGGUCGCAUUUAAACGGAUUCAAGGUGUUUUUACAAACCCACUUACGACCCCUCCUGCCCACAGGGAUUUUUCCUGUUUUCCCUUGACCGGGGCUGAGUCUAAUCCAUGCUGGAACUCACAGCGAAACAUUCCCACGGGGGCAGGAGCCCGCCCAGCCUGGGGGGGAAAUCUGGAAAAGGCUGUGUUUUUCCAGCUCCUUCAUUCCAUGGGGGUCCUGCUCCGGCAGCUGUGGUGGGGUGAAGCCAGCGGCUGCUGGUGGGAAUGUGGGAGCGGGUGCUGACAGCUUUAUGCCAGUGAAAUAUCAUCCCAGAGCAGCACUUUGCUUUCCCACAGGAAGUUUUGCGGGCCCAGGGUCAGAACCGGGGGGUUCUAUUCCCCCACACCCCCCUCACAUACUGUGAACUCACUAACAUGCAACAUCCCCCCUGGAAUGCUGAACUUACAUGUCAAAUUCCAAGGAAAAUCAAAAUAGUUGUGUGAACUGUGGGUUUCCUAAAAGGUUGUUGCCCCCAGGGCCGGGUGACUGAGGGUCCUGUCAAUAGGCAAUUAGAGGGAAUGAUUUAUUGCAAAUAUAACUCUGUGGCAGGUUUAUUUUGGAACAAUUUGGUUGCAAUGGAAAGGAGGGAUGGAGCUGUUUGCAUUAUCCAUAGAAAUGGAGCAAUAUCAACAUAUAAAGGAGCCACUUAAGAAAAUAUAUAAGGAGAAGAAAGAAAGAAAGAAAAAGAAGGAUAAGAGCAGACAGUGGAGAGGAGAGAUCCCACCCGUGGCUCCAGUGAUGGGACUUGACUGUUGUGAUUUUGCUGUGUGAUGGUCACAGCCUUGAUCUGUCAGGGAUGGGGGAAGCCCCCAAAAUACAAAAGCUCCAAGGGUUAAUACACCUUCAGGCUCAGGUGGGAACACCCGGGCACCUCCCCUGCCUUAUCCAAGUGUGGAUCACACACAGCCCUCUGGAGGGAGCCCCAGAAAUGAGUCUGGGGGCACCUCGGGGGUCUUUGAUGGUUUAUGGCCCCUUCUAAGACGUGACCAGGUUUGGCCCUGAGCCAGUUAUGCCCCAUCAGAAGGGAUGAGCACCUCCUGGGUUAUGGGAUGGCUCCUGGGGGGGAGGACACUGCCAUGACAAGAAGCAUCAUCCCACCUUUCAGGAGCUGCUCCUUCCUGACCUUUUCCCUCGUCUGGCUCAAACCUCUCAGCCUGUUGCUUACACAAAGUCGGUUUGUCGCGGUCGCCCUCCGGUGUCUCACACAGGUCAGAGGUUCUGCCACCACACCCCCAAAAACUCUGCUCCUCCCCUUCCGUGCUUGGCUCAAAUUCCCUCCGUGGUGGUUUAUCCUACGAAAAGUGCCUAAACAGUGUUUGAGACACGCAGAUGUCUUUAAUUCCUUCCCCAAGGUUCAGCCCCCUGUUUUAUACCCCCCGGCGCGUUUUGUAAAUACUUAUUUAUUUAUUGGAAUUGUACCCUCCGUGAUGUCACGCGGCGAUUCUGCGUGGAGACCAAUAAAGCUUUUACAGUCUGGUUUAUAGAAA